GACGGUCCUACGCUGACAGUCAGCUGCUUCAGACAGGAGUGUGUCGGCCAGCGGAGCGGACUGUUGAUGGACUGUUGAUGGACCACAUUUCUCUCCGGAGGAUAUUUCACCGAAGCGGUUGAGUGCUCCGGACCGAAGCCACGUCGCCGCGGCCCGGCCAUGGACGAGCAGGCGGGCCCCGGGGUCUUCUUCAACAACAACAGCGCUGGGAAUAUUAAAGCUCCGCAGGCUGGCGACGGCGGGGGCGGGGAGGCGGCCCGGGCUCACUACAACAUCCCGGGGAUCUUACACUUUCUCCAGCAUGAGUGGGCCCGCUUCGAGGUGGAGAGGGCGCAGUGGGAGGUGGAGCGGGCCGAGCUGCAGGCCCAGAUCGCCUUCCUGCAGGGGGAGCGGCGAGGCCAGGAGAACCUGAAGAAAGACCUGGUGAGGCGGAUCAAGAUGCUGGAGUACGCCCUCAAACAGGAGAGGGCAAAAUACCACAAACUGAAAUAUGGAACAGAACUUAACCAAGGAGAGAUCAAAGCUCCAAGUUAUGAUUCAGACGAGGGCACCGACAGCGAGGCUCCCAGUCCUCCCAACAGCAGCCAUCAGCUCAGCUGGAAACAGGGACGCCAGCUGCUCCGACAGUACCUGCAGGAGGUGGGAUACACGGACACCAUCCUGGAUGUGAAGUCUCAGAGAGUGAGAGCGCUGCUCGGUCUGACCGGAGACUCAGGAGAGAAACCUGCAGAGAAGAAAGCCGAACCGAUGGUGAACGGCACCGAACCGUCCUCGCUGAAGGACAGCGGCAUGGUCAGUAAACCAGACAUGUCGGACUCAGCCACCGUGCUCGAGGCGUUUAAGUUCAUCGAGAGUGCCGCGGCGGAGUUCAGCGACGAAGACGAGGACGAGGACAGCGAAGGACGGGACAAGACCAUCUUAGACCUGGCUACAAUGGUGAGGAAGAAGCAGUCAUCCACGCCGUCCUCCACGACCUCUGACCUCAGCGACGACCCCGACACCGAGGAGGCUCUGAAGGGCUUCGACUUCCUGGCGAGUCCAGACGAGCUGGACGGCUCACCGGAGUCCCGGAGCGGCGAGGACAGUGGAGAGUGGGAGAAGGAUGAGCCUCCUCUGGGGGAGGUGUCCUGGGACGUGGAUCAGGGUCUGAUAGCUCAGCUGAAGGAGCAGUACAGGAAGGAGCGAAAGGGAAAGAAAGGAGUUAAGAGACCGAACCGGUCUAAGCUGCAGGACAUGCUGGCUAACCUGCGUGAGGCUGAGGAUCUUCCCUCCAUGCAGCCUCCGGUGGCGCCUCCCUCCCGGCCCAGCGUGCCCCGGCUCAGUGAGCAGGAGCUGGGCCGCCCUGAAGACGAGGCCAUGACGUUCCUGCCGUCCUCGGGGAAGUCGUUCAUCCUGGGCCGGGUGGACGAGGCGGUGUCCAACGAGCUGGGGCUGGGAGAGCUGGCCGGGCUGACUGUGGCCAACGAGGCCGACAGCCUGGCGUAUGACAUCACCAACAACCAGGACGCUCUGAGGAAGACCUGGAACCCCAAGUUCACCCUGCGGAGCCACUUCGACUCGGUGCGGAGUCUGGCCUUCCACCCAGUGGAGCCGGUCCUGGUCACUGCCUCCGAGGACCACACGCUCAAACUGUGGAACCUGCAGAAGACGGCACCCGCCAAGAAAUGUGCAGCUUUAGACGUGGAGCCCAUCUACACGUUCAGAGCUCACAGCGGCGCCGUUCUGUGCGUCACCAUGAGCUCCAGCGGCGAGCAGUGCUUCAGCGGCGGCGUGGACGGAACCAUCCAGAGCUGGAACACCCCCAACCCAAACAUCGACCCCUACGACUCGUAUGAGUCCUCCAUCCUGCGGGGGGCGCUGUGCGGUCACAUGGACGCGGUGUGGGGUCUGGCCUACAGCUCAGCCCACCAGCGGCUCCUCUCCUGCUCGGCGGACGGGACGGUGCGUCUGUGGAACGCUGCCGACACCUCGCCGUCCCUCGCCAUCUUUAACGAGAGAGGAGAGCUGGGCGUGCCGACCUCGGUGGACCUGGUGAGCAGUGAAGCGGCUCACAUGGUGACGUCUUUCACCUCGGGACACAUCGGGCUGUUCAACAUGGAGACGCAGCAGCUGGUCCUGAAGCUGGAGUCAGCAGGAGCGCCAGAGGCUCCCUGUAAGAUCAACAAAGUGCUGAGUCAUCCCACGCUGCCAAUCACCAUCACAGCUCAGGAGGACCGGCACAUCCAGUUCUUCGAUAAUAACACAGGUAAACUGAUCCACUCGAUGGUCGCUCACCUGGACUCUGUCACGAGUCUCGCUGUGGAUCCAAACGGACUGUACCUCAUGUCUGGAAGUCACGACUGCUCUAUCCGUCUGUGGAACAUGGAGAGUAAGACGUGUAUCCAGGAGUUCACGGCGCACCGUAAGAAGUUCGAGGAGUCGAUCCACGACGUGGCGUUCCAUCCCACCAAGUGCUACAUCGGCAGCGCCGGGGCGGAUGCACUCGCCAAGGUGUUUGUAUGACUGGAGCCCGGCGAGAGGAUGCAUUUGUCAAAUAUUCUCCCCUUCGGACUUAGGCUGGCCCGGGUCACGAAACAAACAAACCUCUGGAUGAGACGAAGAAUGAAACAGGAAGUGGCAAAACAAAUAAAAAAACAGGAACUCUCGGUACAUUUAAGUAAAGCUGGAAUCUGUUUUUCUUUUUCUUUAACAUCUCUGCAUCAAAUAUUGUUCAUGAUAAUGUGCCUUUUUUCUUCACAACAUAAAUUCUUUUAGGUGUUGAGGAAAUUUCAGAAGAUUGACUUUUCUCUUUCAAAAUAAGAAGACAAAGAUCAGCUUUUCUCUUUCAAAAUAAGAUGACAAGAUCAACUUUUCUCUUUAAAAAUAAAACGACAAGGUCAACUUUUCCCUUUCAAAAUAAGACGACCUGAUUUUUUAAAAGAUCUGAAUCUGUCACCAGCUGAUCCAGAACUCACAAGGACCUCACAUUUUUAUUUUUUUAAUUAUUUCCUGUUUUGCCUGCAGCCUGAAGAAGACUUUUAGAAUCAGUCUGAUUUUUGGGUGAAGCGUUUGAGUUUCAUCCUGACGUCAGAGGUCAGAUCAUAAACUUCUGAAGUGUUUCAUUUCAAAAUGAGAGGGUAAAAGAUGAGUCACAGCAGGACGAGCUGAGGUGUACUAAAGUGGAUCAGGGCCAAAAAAGUUCAGAGAAAAAAAAUAAUGAGGAGGAAAAUAAAUUAAUUAUGCAAUUUGAGAUAAAAAGUUGAAAUGUAAAGUCGACUGUUAGCGACAACCUGAUUCUCCUCAAUACGUCUAAAAUAAGGCUUAAAAACUCACAAAUUACAUAAAAUCUGAUCCUGAAAUUUUUUUUUUACUUUCAGAAUUUAAAAUGUUAGUUCCAACUAUAACAUCUAGUUCCAUAUUUUUAUACUAAAUAUAUAUAUUUGUACUUAUCUCCGUUUUUUUUUCCCUUGUUAAAAAUUUUUUUUGUUUUUCCUUGGUUGAAAAAAACAAACCAAUUCACAAACCAUGAGCCACGGAAAUUAUGUAAAAUUGUAUGUUACAUUAAAAAAUCUAGUUAAAUAAAAAUAAUUAAAUUACGUUAAAGAACGUACGUUAUGUAGAAAAACAAGUUACGUUAAAAAAACCAAGUUCUGUUCAAAAAAAGCUAAAAAAAGAGGAUUGAUUCACAAAACACGAGCCACAGAAAUGUAUUUAAAAACGUAACUUACGUUAAAAAAACUAAAGUUAAAUUUAACAAAAACUAAAAUUAAGUUGAAAAAAAUUAAUUUACGUAGAAAAACGUGUUACGUUAAAAAAAUCAAAUUCUGUAAAAAAAAAAAAAAAAAGCUGAGUUAGAAAAAAACUUACAUUUCAACUUUAUUCUUGACAUUGUAUUCACUUUUCUCAAGCUGCAUAAUGGGGAAAAAAUUCCUCCUCAUUUUUUUCCGUAGUGGUGAGAAGUAGAAUGUAUGAAAAAAUUAAAUAAAAUUACGGACCAGGGGAGGAGAGUAAUAUUUCAAGUAAAAAGGGGCAAAUCUAGGAGAAAAAAGGUGCAGAUUUAUGCGAUAAAAGUGGCAAAUACUAAUAAAAAAUAAAUCUGCAACUUUUUUCUCACAGGUUUGCCACUUUUGAUCUCAUAAAUCUGCGACUUUUUUCCUGGAAACAUUACCCCCCCCCCCCCCGGUUGCGUAUUUUAUGUUUUUUAUUAUUUUUGGCCCUAAUACUCCAAGGUAUUUUAGUGAUGUGAAAUGAGGGAAAAAAACAAGCCAAUGUACCUGAAACAACAGAAUUAUUUCAGGUGUUUUUCCUUCAGUUUGUAAAAUAUUUGGAUCGAAUCUCUUCUGAUUCUCUAUUUUUGGCUCCUUCUGGAAACCUGCUGCUUCUUAUCGUAUAUUUAUAUUUGGGGAAUCGUGACGAGCUGCGGCGAGAAAAAAACCCGCAGUGAAACUUUUUGACAUAAAAUAUUUAUUAAAUGACUUUAAAAACACCAAAUUGAAGCCAAAAGAUUGAACAGAGAUGACGAGACGCUUCCUGAACCUGAAACCAGACACUUGUUGUUGCUAAUGCUAAUUAGCUCGUUUUGUUGUGAUUAACGAUAGUGCGACGGCUGUUUUAGUUCCCGAACUCCAGAUUCGUAAACGCUUUAUAUGCUGACUGCCUGAAAACCUUGUAUUUUGUGUAAUUAUUCUCAUUAUUUGAAGCAAUGAACUAGUUUUUUAACUUUGUGUUUGGUGACAGACUUGUAAGAUAUUUUUUUUAUUCUCUAUUUUACUUGAAAAGUGACGUUUAUUAUUAUUAUUAUUAUUAUUAUUGUUAUUGUUAUUGUUCCUUUGGGGUUUCUGCUAGUGUUGUAAGAAGUUCAUGUCCAUGAUUUACCUCGCAGCACUACAUAACACUUUGAUUUUGCUUUUUACCAAAUGAUCAUCUCAGACAUGCAGUGUGUUUGUGGGCGGAGGGAAAACUUGGUGUUGCUUUUCUUUGAAACGGUGUAAAAAAACAACAAAAACAAACAAAAGGGUGAAGAGGUUUGUGUACAGUUUUUAAGUAUUAAAGCAGAUCUAUUUAUAAACGUGGUGUAAUUAAGGGAAAUUUUAAACCGCAAAGUGGAAGUCAGAGAAUCACUAGGCGACUUUGAGGUGAGCCGGAAGAUCAAAGAUCAGUUAUUUAUGUUACGCAGAAAGUCGUUUUUUAAAUUCAGCUUUUAUGUAAAAUUGUGCAGAAAAUGAGGAUUUAAAACCUGCGGAAAUAGAUUUGUGGUUAUUUUUGAUGGAGUCUGGCAUUUAAAGAACAAAUCGUGUUUCGACUUUUUUCUUGAUAUUUUUUCUCAACAUUUCGUCUUCUUUCUCUACAUUUUAGAAUUUUUUCUUGACAUUUUGACUUUUUCCUCGAUUUUUUAAAAUCGUUUUUCUCGACAUUUCAACUUUUUCUCUCGACAUUUUGAAAUUUUUCUCAUUUUUAGUUUUUCCUUGACAUGUUACAUUUUUUCUUGACAUUUACAUUUUUUUCUCAACAUUUUGAAUUUUUUGUCAAAAUCGGGUUUCGACUACAUUCUCAACAUUUAAACUUCUUUCUUGACAUUUCAAAUUUUUCUCAUAAUUUUUCUCUAUGUUUUUCUCAAAAUCGUAUUUCAACGUUUUUCUCGUCAUUUGACUUUUUUUCUUGACUAUUUGAAUUUUCUUCAUUUCAACUUUUUUUCAACAUUUUACAUUUUUUCUCGACAUUUCCACUAUUUUCUCAAACUGCAUAAUGGGGGGAAAGAAAUCCUCCUGUCAUUAUGAGGGACAUGAGAAACAAUGAAUGAGAAACAGAAACCAUCUGUUUACGGCAGAACGAGUGAAGGUGAAGAAAAGAAAACUCUAAAUAUAAACUAACGGAUGUUUUUUGCUGCUUCUUUUAUUUUAUUUUCGUACUCGUAACUCCAACAGAACCAGUGAACCUGAAUAACUCCGGACUCCAUCCACAAUGUGUCCUUUCUCUCACUUCCAGAGCAAUAGAAUCAGAGUGUUUGCCAAUAAUUUCAUUGAUUUCCCGUUUGAGCGCACAGUGAACAGUAACACUAGCCAGUAGAGACGUAGGCAGCUGAACUCCUCAGAUUUCUAUUUUAUUGUCUUCAGUGGCCAAAAACAGCUGAACCUUGGACCUGAACUCUCGGUUCAGUUUGCCUGUAAAUGAUUGUUGUCCUUUAAUGUGUACAGUGAAAUAUUACAGAGAUUAUAGACGCUAACUGUACAGAACGUACAUACAGCUGUUGUUUCCUUUUUUCAUUGUUGUUCUAUUUUUCUUUCCUUUUUUUUUCAAAAUGGGAGAGUGAUUUUAUCAGUAACAACAAUAAAGGAAUAUGUUGUAUAUCA